CCGCCCCGCGUCCGCCCCGCCCGCUCCUCCCCCUCCGUCUCGGAGACUUUUACUUUCGCUUUGCUAAAGCUGCCCUAGACCUUCGCGGAGGAUCGCACGCCACCGUGGGCUCCAGCUCGCCACCGUGGGAACGAUGACAGAUGAUCAGGACUGCCCUGCGGAACUGGAAGAGGUGGGAUCUUCGGGUGAAGAUGGAGUCGAUGCUAAGCCAGACCGCACCCACUUUAUCUCAGGACUCCUCUGGAAAAAGAAGAAAAAUGCCUCUAUGCGCCCUGUCUGGACCACGCGGGAGCGAGUGCCCACGUACCUGUAUAGCAUGGAUUUCGAGAGGAUGGGAAAGUGCAUCAUCAUAAACAACAAGAACUUCGACAAAGCCACAGGGAUGGAUGUCCGGAAUGGGACAGACAAAGAUGCAGAGGCUCUCUUCAAGUGCUUCCGAGGCCUGGGGUUUGAGGUGACUGUCUACAACGACUGCUCUUGUGCCAAGAUGCAAGACCUGCUCAGACAAGCCUCUGAGGAGGACCACAGCAACUCGGCCUGCUUUGCCUGCAUCCUGCUGAGCCACGGAGAAGAGAAUAUGAUUUACGGGAAAGAUGGCAUGACGCCCAUAAAGGAUCUGACCGCUCAUUUCAGGGGAGAUCGGUGCAAGACCCUGUUAGAGAAACCCAAGCUCUUCUUCAUUCAGGCUUGCCGAGGGACGGAGCUGGACGACGGGAUCCAGGCCGACUCGGGGCCUAUCAAUGACACCGACGCUAACCCCCGGUACAAGAUCCCAGUGGAAGCCGACUUUCUCUUUGCUUACUCCACAGUUCCAGGUUAUUACUCGUGGAGGAACCCAGGGAAAGGCUCCUGGUUUGUGCAGGCUCUCUGCUCCAUCCUGGACGAGCACGGCAAAGAGCUGGAGAUCAUGCAGAUCCUGACCAGGGUGAACGACAGGGUGGCCAGGCACUUCGAGUCCCAGUCCGAAGACCCACGCUUCAACGAGAAGAAGCAGAUCCCGUGUGUGGUCUCCAUGCUCACCAAAGAGCUCUACUUCACGCGCCCUCCCAACUGAGAACCUGCAGUCGCCCUCUGAUGAGUGCAAUUGUUAUUUUAUUCUUAUUGUUUUGACACUCUCAAAAUAAUCCAGAUAUGUUAAGGAGGUUUAAUUUCAGGGAAGUACAUUGAUUCAGCAGGGAAGAAGUUUUCUGAUGACGUCUGAUAUUCUGGGUUUCCUUUUUUUUUUUUUAAAUAAUUUUGUUCAUCAGAUGACUUCACACGUUUCCUUCAAGGUUAAUUUCCUAUUUCUUUUACCUUGUCAUCACACGGAGUGCAUGCUAUGAAAAUGACCUCUGGAGAAGACAUUGGUGGUAGCCAUUAAUGGAAAGUCAAAGUCUUGGUUGAACUCGGUAAAGA